GCCCAGGCUCCUCGCUGCCAUAUUGCCGAAACCCAACUCCUGGUGGAGUUGAGGGCAUGGAUGAGGGACCAGGGAUCUUACCUCGGUAGCUGUGAUGUCCCCACUGGAGAUGAGUUUCCUCCCUCCUUGCUGACGACAGAUGCCGCCGGGGGCCGGGUGUGGUGGUGGUGCAGCAGGAUGCCACGGCUGAUGGUCCCUCACUAGAGAUAGGCAGCGCUUGGUGGGGCUGCCCAGCUGCCCCCUGCCCCGGUACCAUCCUGGCCUGUCUGGUGCUGCAGCCAUGGAGGGAGCAUCGCUGCUGAGCCCCUCCUCAUGGGAGAAGCGUCGUGCAUGGGUCAGACAAAGCCGGUGCUGGCGGACCACCACGGUGGAGGAAGAGGCGGCCGCUGCCAUGCAGGAUGUCCCUGAGCUACAGCCACCCCACCUGGACGAUGUCUUCCUCGAAGGAAACCCCUCCAGCAAGAUAGAGAUGUGGCUGCAGGAGUGUGGGUCAUCGGGGGAAGUCCUGCCAGAGGAGAUGGGCUUGCCGGGCCCCUGUGUGUGUGGGAGCAAUGGGACCAGCUUCGAGGAUGACCUGACCCUGGGAGCUGAAGCUCUUCUGCUCCCAGGGAGCGACAAGGUCACAGGCAGAGCUCCACAGGACAAGCACCUCAACCUGGGGCACAGCAUGGCAUCCAGUGCCCUCUCCAGCCUCACCACCAAGACCAGCUCCAGCAUCUCCGAGGUCCUGGAGUGGUGGCAGGCGGAUGCUGAGGAGAUCCUCUACAACCUGGGCUUUGUGCAGAGUGAGCCGGGGGCUGUGGCCCGCAUCCCUGCACGCUUCUUCUCAGCUCCUUCCCAUGCCAAAGGCAUCAACUUCCAGCUCUUCCUCAAGGCCCAAGUGCAGCGCAUGGAGAUGGAGGACCCCUGCCUGAUGCUGGCUAGUCGCUUCCAGCAGGUCCAGGCUCUGGCUGCCACAGCAGAUGCUUUCUUCUGCCUCUACUCCUAUGUCUCACGGACCCCUGUGCAGCGCAUCUCCCCCUCCCACCUCUCCUGGGCUUAUCCAGAUGUCCCCGACAUCUGCAUCACCCCUAACAAGCCCAGCACCCUUUCGCCCGUGGAGCGUCUGAAGAAGGCUGUGUCCACCAUGUGCCUCUACAUGUCCCCGCGGGAUGAGGACAGCCCGCGUGGGACUGGCCGGGUGCCCACCGUGCCCACUAGCCAGCCCAGUGCCAUGGGGAAGGUGGUGCAGGAGGUGCUGGAGCGGGUGCGGGAGGAGAGGUUUUGGUUCGACCCAGCCCAUGUCCUCAAGGGCUGGGGAAGGGCUGGGCGCACAGGGAUGGUGCAGCACGAGUGGGGAGCAAAGGGUGGUCCCCCAAUGCUGCCACCACCAUGGCUGGUGCAGGGUGGCCCUGUGUGUUCCCAUCAAGGUGGUGUGGAUGCCCCAGCAUGCUGUGGAGCAGAGCAGGAGCCAUUCCCACAGCCAGCCCCAACAGGGGCGCUGGUGGGUGCUGUGUGGGGACACCUGGAGCGGUCCUGUCCCCAUGGCCAGGGGAGUGUUGGCAGCCCUGCAGCAGUGGUUCAGGGGGCUGGGGAUGCUCUGUGCCUGGCGGGAGCAGCACAGGUCACCAUGGAGGACCACAGGCUGGAUGCUGCUGCCCCAUGGGUGAAUGCCACCUUGUCCAUGACGCUGGGUCCCCUGACUCCCCCUGCCAGCCAGAUGUGGGUGACCCCCGAGUGCUCAGAGGGGCUGAGAUCUGAGGGGGACUCCAGCUUUGGUUUUGGCUCCUGGAGGACCUCCUCCAUGAGGAUGGCAGGGUCCCAUGGGUGCCACCCAGACCCCCUGGACCCCACUGGGGUACAUUCCCCUGGCUCAGGCACACCAAGAGCUGGAGGCCACUGGACUCAGUGGAGCAGGGGCCGAUUCCAGGGGGGUACUCCGAGGGAUCCUGGGCGGCAGCAGGGUGAUUCACUGGGGCUGCAGCCCACUGGGAAGGGCCCCUUGCUCCACUGUCGCAGCUGGCAGGAGCUGGUGGACUCCUUUGAGAUGGAGGAGGUGCUGAGCGCCAGUGAGGAAGAUAAUGAUGACGACUGUGAUGCUUGCAAUGAAGCUGUCCAGUCCCUCCAUCCCUCCAUCAGGAUCCAAAAAGGCUUCAUGCUGCAUGCCAGCAGUGGCCAGUCCGACAGCAGUGGCUUUGUGGAGGAGCCAGUGCCUGGCCAGACGCCCAUCGCUCAGCUCCACAGCACUGACCAGACGGCCUGAGGCCACCGCAGAGGGACCUGGGCUUGCCCCAGCAUCGGCAGGAUGGACUGUACCAUGCUGCCACGUUCUGGACACAGAGACCACGCUCAGCCAAGGGCUGAGCACUGUGUGUACACGUGUGUGUGUGUGCGCGCGCGCACAUGUAAGUGCAUGUGUGUGUAUGGGUGCACGUGUGGGUGCACGUGUGGGUAUUUGGCACAGAAAAACUUGUAACUCAGGACUUUUGCCCCAGGGCCACACGUGUUCCCCUGCUUCUCUCCAGCCCGCUGGCUCUGGGGCCAUGGCUGCAGUGGGACAACACUGGGGAUGUCACCCCUGGCCCUGGCUCCUGGGGACAUCACUUGCACUUUGGCCACUGUCGGUCACCUGUGCUGCAGCACCUGUAACACUAGGAGAGGGGUUUGCUGGGCAGAGCAAGCAGCACGCUGGAAAUAAAGUUCCCAAAGGGA